AAACAAUUUCACUAGACUUUCGAAAUGAACAACGAAGGUUUUGAUCUUAAUGCUUCCGUUCAACAGAGUCAACCUCUGAUUGCGUCAGCCAAAACAUGAACUUCCGCAUGGGUCCAAAGCAAGGUUCUGAUCUGCUUUUUCUGGCACUUUCUGUGACUUAUCAAAUACUACCAUCAACGCGGGCAUUCCCAAUAGAUUGCCAAAAGAACACUGCAGACUGUUUGGAAGAAAUAAUGAAGGAAGUCACCCAAGUUCGAUUUGAGGUUAAAAUUCUCAUGGAGAACAAGACAUUGACGAGACCUAAGAGCUGUGUUGAGCUCUACCAUUCCGGUCAAAGGAUCAGCGGUGUUUACACAAUCGACCCAGAUGGCUCAGGCGCUUUUAAUGUAUAUUGUGACCAAACUACUUCUGGUGGGGGGUGGACAGUCUUCCAGAAGAGAAUGGAUGGCUCUGUUGAUUUUAAUCGCACUUGGCAUGACUACAAACAUGGCUUCGGUAACUUGGUCGGUGAAUUUUGGCUCGGACUGGACAAGAUAAACCGUCUGACACAAAACAAGACAAAGAACAUGCUUCGAGUAGAUCUGGGGGUAACUGCGCGCCAAACUGUUCACGCUGAAUAUGAAUGGUUUGGGAUUGGGAACGGGACGACUGACUACCGGCUGUACAUUGGCAAUAUGACAACAGAUGCAUCUGUUUCCUUUGAUUCCCUCAAUCCUCACAAAGAUCUCAAUUUUGGUACUUGGGAUAGAGAUCCUGCUAAUUGUGUUCUAAAAAGAGGCGGAGGCUGGUGGUAUGGCAGAAGUAAUGAUUGUGCUGUUUGGUCGAAUCUCAACGGAAUUUAUCCGUAUUGUCGAAAGGAAACCUGGGCCGAUAUCCAUUGGAAAAAUUUAGAUCCAAACAAUCCCAAGGGCAGCGCCCCCACAUCUACUGAAAUGAAAAUUAGACCAGUGGAUUUUUUUUAAACUUUCUGACGGUAAAGUGUUUACGUAAAUUGUGAUUUCUGCGUCUUCUGCUUGGUCGACUUCGCUUUUGUUAAAAAUUGUGAUUGGAAGAUUAAUGAUCGAGUGGCCUUCCUUGAAUUUGAAUGAAUUCCGCCGGGGAAAAGCCAUCGUUAAUUACUUCCCUCGUAACCAGGCAUCAAGUGCAGUAAUUUGCAUGCAUGAUAAUGUUGAUCUUUUCUUAUGUACAAUUCAUUGUUGAUUUGAAAACGCUGUAAUUAGGAAAAAUUAGUUCGCUUGCUGUCGAGAUUAAAUCAAAAUGUCUGUGAAUUCAGCUUUCUAAUAUCUGACAAAGAAAUUUGUGCGCGUGAUUUAACGUCUACAUGAAUAAAAUGUCCAUCCGGA